UCUCUGUAGGAAUAACGGGGCAUUUGACGGGCUUCAAGGGGAAAACGAAAACGGAAACGUGUGGGGGGCCCGAUAUUCCAAAUCUCUCAAACGAUCCCAUUUUAUGCCGCAACGAUAGCAACUCCAUGCAACAUUCACAAAACAAUCACAGACCCGUCGGCCAAUGCUGACGCCCAUACCAUGUGCCCACAUUCCAAGGGUGGUCAAACAUGUACGCAUCCCCUCAACCGUCCCCCCACGAACGAAAUGGUGUCGCGAUCCACGCACCCUCAGAGCAGAUUCCUCACGGGAGCAUAUCGCCUUGUAUGCAUCCCAAUUAAAUGUCGCUGCCAAACACAAUCUCGUGUCGGAUGCCCAGAGGGUGGUGGAAACGAUGCGAUCCAAAGGGCUGUCAAUGGAUCUCAAAAUGUAUACUACGCUCAUGGCGCUGCAUGGACGGGUCGGUGACUUACGUGGAGCAUGGGGGUGGUACCACCGCAUGCUUGCAAACAAGAUCAAACCAGAUGGUGUUGUCGUCAAUGUAUUGGUGGACAUGUACGCCUCGGCUGGGGACAUGGAGGGACUGGAAUGGGUUGUGAAUAUGUUGCAUCCGGAUAUGGAUAUCAAGAUCUUGACGGGGGUGAUCAAGGGGUGUGUACGUGCGGGGGAUCCACGGGCUGCGUUGAGUGUGUUUCAAAAAGUGGUGGAGUGGGGGGUUGUUCCUGAUGCGGUUAUGAAGAGUGUUGUUGUGGAGGCUUUGAUGGCGGAUGGAGAUUUUGAAGGAGCUAAAGAGGUGUUGAGGGGUGAGACCCAUGUGCAUGUUUUUGGCAAAGUUUUGAGUGGGUUGAUCAAGAUGGGACGACUAGAGGAAGCUGACGAGGUUUUGACGGUGAUGCGAGAGCGAGGAAUCAAGAGCAUUGUGUUAUCGUCCUUGUUGAUGGAUACGUAUGCCAAGCGGGGAGAUACGGGACGUGUUGAGCAGAUCUUGAAAGACAUGCAUGUUGAGGGGUCCGUACCGGAUGUGCAUGUCUACACAGUCCUUGUGUGGAUGUACGUGCAUGUGAUCAAGGACAUGAAUGCGGCACGAAUGGUCAUACAAGAGAUGGUGAACAAGAAUGUGAGACCCAACACCGUGACCAUGAAUGUAUAUGUAACAGGAAUGGUUCGAUACGAGUCCGUUGAGGCUGCGUUAGAGGUAUUGCGGCGGUGGGAGGGUGCGGAUAUUGCUGCGUAUACAGUCGUGCUGAAUGCGCUGGUCAAAAUGGGGCCGGAUGGGUUGGAGCGUGCCGUCGCGCUCUUUCGAACGCUCACAGCGUCGUCUUGUCUUCCUCAACCGGAUCGUAUCGCGUAUACUGUUCUCAUGGGUGGUUAUUGCCAAACCUUUGAGACGGUUCCCAUUGCCCAUACCCUAUUUGAGGAAAUGGUCCAACGUGGCAUCGAGCCUGAUGCCGUAGCCUACAAUACACUCUUGUCGGGCCAUGCCCGAUUUGGAUUAGUGGAAAGCGGGAUCCGAGUUUACAUUUCCAUGCUGGAACAAGGGAUACCUCCCACCGUUGAAACGCUGACCAUGUUGAUUCAAAUGUACAUUCAACACCGUUCCCAUGCCCAUCCCGCACUUUUGCACCUCUACGACAUGUUCAAAUCCACUCGUAUCCGCCCUGACCACCUCCUCUUUACCUCCCUCGCCCGCGCCUUUUCCAUCCGCCGCGACACACUCUCCCUACAACGCAUCUUAAAAGAAAUGCAAGAAACCUACCACCUCACACCCACACCCCACAUGUGGCGCAUCCUUCUCCAGGACGCCAAAAAGGAUCCAGAGAUGGUGGGUGUCAUUGUGAGGGAAAUGAUUGAGCGUGGAGUGUGGAGAGAGGAACUUGCCAAGGGGGUGAGACCUUUUGGUGUUUUUGUGAGUUUUGUUGGGGAUGCGUGGGUGGUGGAGGUGGGGGAUCGUGAGUGGAGGGUUCAAGAGCCUAAAGUGAUACCCUGAUCGUUCCCGUUUUGUUUAUUAGACUGGUUUUUUUUGCGUGUGUGUGUGUGUGUGUGUGUGUGUGCGUAUGGGUCUUGAUUUGACCUGCUGCAAAGUACACGCUAAAGGACGGCACACUGCAAUUCAUGCUACAUCUUUUAUAUAUGUAAUUUAUACACUGUAUGUAAAUAAAUAAACAAUACACAACACUACCC